UCCUCUGGGUCUAACUGCAGCGAACUGGAAGGAUGCCUGGGAAGCGCCAGGUCCACCCCGACUCGGGCAGCCACGGGCGCGCCCUCGCCGUGGGAGCCGAGGCAGGCUGACUACGGCGCCUGCCAAGGGCUAAAAAAGCUCGGUGUUGGGGGGUGGAGCUUAGCCAGGAGUGGGCGUGGCCGGUUACUGGGGCUGGAGCGCGCUCUGGACCGCGUGGAGGGCGGUGCGCGCUGCUCCGGUGGUGGAAUCCUCGGCUUGAGAAUCCGUGCCGGCUGCCGGCACCCCUUCGGUGCUGGCCCGUACCUUGGCUGCACAGGUUUGCCCAAGCCUGGAGACUUUGUCAGCAGCCUUUAGCUCUCCUGAAGAGCCUUUAGCUCAUGGAAGAGUUUAAUUAACCUGAGUCAUGGGACUGGGAGAGCAUAAAGUAGGAUUUGUCAUAUACUGACAACUGUGGAAGCUGAUUGCAUUUGUCCACACUUGGGCUAUAACUGGUUCUGAUGGCUGGGAAUAAAGGAAGAGGGCGUGCUGCCUAUACCUUUAAUAUUGAGGCUGUUGGGUUCGGCAGAGGUGAAAAGCUACCUGAUGUCGUGUUGAAGCCACCACCACUAUUUCCUGAUAUAGAUUAUAAACCAGUGCCACUGAAAACAGGAGAAGAUGAAGAUUAUAUGUUGGCUUUGAAGCAGGAACUGAGAGAAACGGUGAAAAGAAUGCCUUAUUUUAUUGAAGCACCUGAAGAAAAACAAGAUGACAUUGAAAGGUAUAGUAAAAGAUACAUGAAGGUAUACAAAGAAGAAUGGAUACCAGAUUGGAGAAGACUUCCAAGAGAGAUGAUGCCAAGGAAAAAAUGCAAAAAAGAGAAUCCAAAAUCCAAAAAGGCAAAAGCUGCAGACAAGGGCAGUCCACUCACAAGUACUGCAGAUGUGCUGAAAAAAAUUGAGGAAUUGGAAAAGAGAGGUGAUGGUGAAAAAUCAGAUGAAGAAAAUGAAGAGAAAGAAGGAAGCAAAGAGAAAACUAAAGACGAUGAUGACGACGAUGAUGACGAAGCUGCAGAACAGGAAGAAUAUGAUGAAGAGGAACAAGAGGAGGAAAAUGACUACAUUAAUUCAUACUUUGAAGAUGGAGACGAUUUUGGUGCAGACAGUGAUGACAACAUGGACGAAGCAACAUACUAGCCAUGACAUUUCUCAAACGUUUUAUUGAGACAUCAUCUGAGCAUUUGGAGAGACGUGCUUCAUUUCUAAUAAGGAAUACGUACAUGUUUUCUGUUGCUAUUCCUGUUUUGUUUGACAAAUAUCUGUUCUCAAACUCUUCAGACCCACUUUGAGUUUACCCAGUUACCUUACAGUCUCCAAACUGACAUUCCUUCUCAAUACCUCUGCUACCCCUUAUUGUGCUAUUGGGGGGGGGGGUGUUUGUAUUAUUUGCAUUUGAAUGUGCCUAAAGAGUCUUAGCAUUUUUUAAUCUGUGUUCAUACUUGAAAAACAUCAUUCUUGUUUAACUGCUGAUCUUUUGUAAAACUGUUACUACUCAUAGUGAAUUUCUAAUACUGCACAUGGAGCACUUUAAAAACAAAGAAACUUGAAAGUUGUUUUUCACUUUUACAUGGUAUGUUCUAUAUUACCACAUCAUGACUACAUAAACCUACCUGAGCUUACAAGUGCAGACUUAAGAGAUUAGAAGUUUGAUGGUAGGAAAUGUGCACAUAGAAAUAAAAUGACCUGAACUAAAUGAAUUUCACAGUUAGCACCCCAACUAAAACAAAGGCUUUCAUAUGGGAAAAUCCUUGACUCUGGGGAUAACUUCACACCAUAAGUGUAUGACUAAUAAUCCCUCUGAAAUAAAUUUGACAUUUAAUUGGGGUCAUGAAAAAUUUAACUGUGACAUCUGUUUAAUUCUGUAUUUUACCUAAGUGUGGAGUAAGUUCUGGUUGCAUAAACUUCAUGAUGGAAUGAUGUGUGAAUCUGAUGAAGGGCAGUACCCUCUGUUAGGUUUCACAAGACUCAUAAGCUGCACAAUUAUGUAAUUAUGCAAAAUGAACUCAGGUCAUUUUGAAAUUCAGAUUAUUUUACCUUAACAAGGUAGCUCCCUGUAAUCAUACAUUUUGGUGAGAAAAUACCCAGAAACCUCAGCCUCCAAGGGCUUUAAAAUGCCAAAGAUUUUCAAGGAAAUCCAUAUUAUGAAUUUCAAAAAUAAUAUAUUAACAUUACCUACCAAAAGAAAGAAAAUUUCUUCUCCCCUUUAGGGAGGUUUAUCCGGUAUUACCCUCUAACUUGGAAUUAAGGCCUACUUUUUCUCUCAGGAUCAAAAUAACCUUGAAGUUGAACUUGGUUAAAUUUAUGUGCCUUAGUUUCUCCAUAUGUAAACAAUUUCCCAUAGAAACUGUUUAAAUUCUAACCAGAAUUUAUCAUCUCUACAUCAUCUUUCCCCUUAUAGAAAGGAUCACUUAAAUUUGGUUCUUAUCCUAUAAACAACUGUAGUUUGGAAAGUAGUAACUAAAAAAAGUUGUGAGAAACAAAUAAUGUCCUGAAAAAUAAUAAUUUUAUUUUCCAAUCUUCUAUCUGUGGUAGAAAUUGUAGAAAACUCGUAUUGUCUGGUGAGAUUUUGCAACAUUGUUUUCUCAGGAAAAUCAUUCCCAAUGGCAAUACUUCUUCCAGUAAUUCCAGAUGGGUGUGAGGGCUCAUCUUAUCAGUGCAGUGCAAUACUAAACACUUCCCAUUCAAAGGAGCUGAUCAUAAACAUUUUAAGAUUCUAAAUGGAAACAUGAGUAAGUCUCCUUUUAAACUGUAAUAUAUUGAAAACUCUCAUAUCAGGAUUUUAGUAGUAAAGGCAAGUUAUUUGGGAAUAAACAGAUAUGUUAUUCUCUUACCUUUGGUACCAGAGCCAAAUACUAUUUUGCUCUGAUUGCUUGCUUUAUUCUAAAUCUGCAGAUAACUGCUCAAAUCAGGCACACACAUUGGCAGUAAUGUCUUCCCUGGCUUUCAGCUUGUCUUUGCCCUAGUCCUGCCAAUGGGAGGACAGCCCUUUGGGAAAGGAUUUACUCACCCUGCCUUUUCCUUUAAGCACAUUCCCUCCUCCUUUGAAAGAUCAGUUUACCACUUUAAACAUACUAAUUUUGAGAAAAGCCAGGAUUUUUCAGGUAGCUUAUCAGCAUACAUUUUGUUUCUCUGGCUUAAACUUUGAGGCUGUGAAAUUAUUCUGUAGGAAGUCAAAGACUAUUUGGUAAAGAUAGCAUCUUAUACAUGUAAGAAAAAUGCUUAUUGGUGAAAUGGCUUUAAAAAUUAUAAUAAAACUGGUUGCUAUGAUGCUUAUUUUUCUGUAUUUGAUUACACAUGAAAUUCUUAGAAAAUAAAAU